AUGAAGUAUUGGAUCAUACUGUUGCUCUUCACGCUUCGAAUCUUUCUAGUUGAUUCAUCUCCACCUUCACGGGAAACCUCUCCUGCUUUUGACGUUGAUUCGUUUUUGAACCUUCCAUCUGACGAUGAAGAGCUUCCUUUUCCUGAUCAUCAGUUAGCUUCACCUCCAAAGCCUAUUACCGAUCAGCGCCACAUGAUUAGACCGCCGCCACUUGACCGUAAGACAAGAAAACGUGAAUAUAUGAAACUAUGGUAUCAAAAGAAAAUGCAACAAAAUCCAAAUUUUGCAAAAAAGAAAUAUCAAAGACGAUUAGAAAUUUUAUCACAAAAAACAGAUGAAGAAAAACGAGCAGACAAAGAUAAAAGGAAAAAUUUUAGCAAAAAGGCUUAUCAUGAUAGAAAGUCAAAUUUUGGACAUGGAACAAAACAACUUCAAGAUAUACAGCAAAUCAAACAAAAGAUUAAUGAUAAAACUGCCACUCCCGAAGAUAGGUUAAAACAUCAUGCCUAUUUCGUUCGAAAACGGUUGAUUUGCUCCAAAAGCAGAUACAAACGCAAAGUACUCCGAGAAGCUUCUCAAGCAAGCGAAAGAGAGUCGCAAGAUGACUGCUCACCCGAUCGUUUAGAUGAGUUCGAUUGGACUUCUAUGCUUUCCAUACCAGAAGAAGGUUUGUCUCCAGAAUCAGAGCACAGACAUGAUAAAACGGAAUUGCAUACAACAACUUCAAAGCCAGUACACGACAUACUUCAUGCUACAAACAAAGAAGAUAGAAAGCUAAAAAAGGCAGCAUAUUGUCGCAGCUAUCGACGAAGACCUGAGAUCAUAGCCAGGUCUAAGCGAAACUAUGAAAAAUCAAAAGUAGCCAUCAGAGAAAGAUCACGAGACGAAUAUCGUCGUCGUAAAGAAAGAUUAGGAUAUGGCCGUAUUCAAAAUACAACUUAUUCUCAAUUAGGUCAAAAAGUCAAAAGUAAGCAAGCUACAAAGGAAGAAUUGAAACAGUAUUUGGAAUUAAAAGAAAAGAAGUCAAUUUAUAAUCGAAGAUAUAGGCAGAAGCAGCAGCAGAAAGAACUACACAGUCAGAAUGAUUCCAAUACGUAA